AUGUCCUACAGAUGUUGUAGAAACCUCUCCUCCCAGUCCCUUGGGGGUUGUGUGCGCUACCCGGGCAUCUCCUGCAGCAAUUCUUUCUCCAGGAACCUGGUCCACAGCACUGGCUUCUGCUCUCCCAGGGCCUUCCCGCCGGGAUGCUCUCUCCGAAGUGGCUGCAAAGGGUCCUCCUUCCAGCCAAGUACAUGUCGGACAUCCCACGUGGUGUCCAGCUCAGGUGCUAGGCCUGCCCACUACCUGAAGGCCUCCACGCUCAGCAGUCCCUGCCUCUCCACUUAUGCUGGGUCCAGGAGCUGUCAGAUCCUGAGCUGUGGAUCCAAAAGUUCCUACUCCUUGGGCUCCAGGUCAAGAAGCAGCUACUCCUCGAGCUAUGAAUCUGGUGGCUGCAGCCCCCUGAGUUGCAGAAUCCGUGGCUUUCCUUCCAUUGGCUGUAAAUCUGGAUUCAGCUGCCCCACAUCCCUGGCUUCUACGAGAUGUCACGCUGCUUGUUACAGACCACUCUGUGGAUCUGGUUCCCGGAGAUCAGCUUGCUGA